GCGGCACAUCUUAAUGACGUACGUUGUGUUUUGGUGAAGCUCUGUCCUGUUCCGAAAUCUGUGAAAGGCCUGGAUUUCUUUCAGCUCCUUGUCUUGUUUUGCGUUUUUGCAAUGAAUAAAAAUAAGGCCAGUGGUGUUGCGUGGGUGAAACCGGCGGAACCGUCCUUUCUGAAGAAGUUUAAAAGUGAUGUUGGCUACAAAGAAGGACCCAAUGUUGACACUAAGCGCCAGGAGAUGCCAACGCUGGAUGAUGACAGCGGCAGUGAUAAAGAGGAUGAGUUACCUCAAGUUGUGGUCCUAAAAGGUGGAGACCUGACUGCAGAGGAGGUGAAGAAGAUCAAGGUUGAAAUGCGUGCUGGAGGAGGUACAGAGAAAGAUGCUGAAGCUCCUCCUGACGGUAAAAUCCUCUUUAAGAAACCAGCCAAGCGCUCCUCCUCAGACAAAUUCCAGGGCAUCACUGCCAGCUCCAGCAAAAAGAAGAAGAGCGACGGAGGAGAGAAGGAGGAGGAGGAGAAGAAGGAGGGGAAGUCUGGAAAGAAAAUAAAAAACAACAGCCUCCUGUCCUUUGGAGGAGAUGAGGAGGAAGACGACGACUAAAUGUGAGAUCUGAGACUGCCAUGGACAGAGAGGAAUCAGAGUGACGUGAAUAUUAGAGGGAACGUUUCAGUGAAUUUGAUAAAUAAUAGCGGGUAAGAGUUCCCAGACGUGGAGCAGCCUGUCCUUUCUUCUUCUUCAGGGGCAGCACCAGGAUUUCUGCAUGUUUCAGACUCUUCCAUUCAUUUUACUACAUCAUCAAAACCAGCUUACAGGACCAUUUAGCUUCUAAGUUCUGUUAAUGAUUAGAACUACAGGGAGGAUUUUCAGCUCCACUUGGUGCAUUCAGGGACACUCGGACGUCUUCAGAUCAAUAGACUGCUGAACAGGAAUGGAAAAGGCUGAGUGAGGGAAGAAUGAAGAAACCACAAUAAGAUGGUACCCACCGUUAUUACAAACUCAGUCUGUUUCCACAUCGCUAGAAUCAGUGCAGUAACUUUUUGCGUCAUGCAGUGACUGACUUUCUGCGUAUAUUUGAUGUUGCUCAGUAAUGUUCAUAAUUAACCAUGACAUUCAAACCUGACUUUAUCCUGAUCACAUGGCCUGGACUCCAGCUCCAUUUCCUGUUGAGCAGAAUGGAAUGAAUGGAACCUUCUGUCCCUCCUGGUUAUUAUAUGAUCAGAGACUGAUAACAAAAACAUGCAGCUAAUGCUAGCAGCUUCUCAUCUACAGCUGGCAGUUAAAAUGACCGAUCGAUGCUGUCAGCUGCAGCUAAUUAACGCUGAUUGUGUGCAGUGAAUGUUUAGUGUGUCGGCUAAUGUGCUCUCUUCAAACCGCUGAUUGAGCUGGAGAUUGACUGAGCGAACAGACGCAUCAUCAUCACUCAGUAGCCAUAUUUUAUUACCGUCAUUAAGCUGUGAGUGUGGACUCUCCUCUAAACGGAGCUUCAUCACAGCAGAUGUUUUGAUUUGUCAAAGCAGGAAAAGCACAUGAAGCACUAAACAUCAGCAAUGAUUCAGUUCCAGUCAGUGUCCCUUAAAGCCAUGGCAGUGAGUCAGCAUGCACAACAACAGGGCUAAAAGCAGCUACCUGCUGUGAUGAGCUCCAACAUCUGCUCCACACAGAAGAUCAUCUGAGUUAGCAUUAGGUAUAAAAUGAGAAUCAGGAUAUUUCUAUCACUGGCUGCAAAUAGUUUAUGGAAAAUCACAAAUGUAGAGUCACUCAGUAGCUGCCAGUAGAGACUAUGUUAUGUUCUUUAAAAAAAAGGCCUUAUUAUAGAGGACAGUGGAAAAAAAGAACGGCAUUGUGGGUAGAAGAGUGGAGGAAGGACCUGCAGCAAAUGGUCCCGGCUACUGGGACGCCCUGACUGUGACUUUCUGACAGAUCUGAGCUGAAUCUUUGAUUUAUGAAGUCUCUUGUUAAAAAAGUUGUACGCUUCACUUGCUUAGGCUCAUGUUGGAACAUGCUCCGUUGUUUCCAUCACUCUGCAGGUUCCAAAGACUUCAUUUAUUUCUCCAAACAGCGGUGGUUCUUGGUUCUGACAAAAGCCUCCUUAGCCAGACGUGAACAGUUGGGACGUGCAGAGGUUAUGGCAGCUCUUCAACUCCAGCUGUGUCAGUUUGCCUGAAAUGUUUCAUUUAAUUUGGCUUUAGUUCAUUAUUUUGUUUUAAUUCUAAUCAAAAUCUCAGCUGGAGCAGCAUGUUAAUCUUAAAUUUUAAAUGGUAAUUAAUUCAGCUCUGCACUGAGGCAGCAAAUCACACCUGAAAGAAUACAAGAAUCAGAAAAACCUCGCAGCAGUUUACAAAGGCGUUUUCUGUUUAAACAAAAAAAAAAAAAACAAAUCCCCAAAAUGACACCACUUGUCAGCCAGGAACUGUAAAAACAGAAAAAAGGUCAGAUUUAACUUUCUAAUGGUCCCUGAACUUAUGUGUUAACUACAUCUGAGCUUACAAAUCAGAUUUCAUUACUUUUUUAAACCAAAACAAACCAUUUCCAGCAGAUCCAGUAAAAGCAGAACCUUCCUCCUGGUUCAGGUUGAACUGCAGGCUGUGUUUCCACAGAGACAAUUAUGUUCUCUAGCGUUUAAAACAAAGGUUUUUAAUGCUCAAGAAGAGGUUUUAAUACACUGACCUGAAGCUGAUUUCUGUUCAGGACUAAAUGUUCUGGUUCAUGUUGAAAAUGACAGUUGAUUGAUGAGAUUUUGUUAUUGGGCAAAAAGAGAAGAAAAAAGCCUCAGCCGUGUGAAUAGCAGCUGAUGACUGUAAAUUGUGCAACAGCAGGUAGAAAUACAGGUUGAUUGAUUAUUGGAAAUAAACCAGCUGGUGAAGUAUGCAGGCUAAUUUUACCCCGUCCAGUUGCCGAUAACGUGGGCGAUCAAUAGAUAAUCAUGUUUUUGUUUGUUCCGUUUGAUGUAUGAAAUCCUAAAAUGUUCUGUGUCCACUUAGGAACAGCUGUCCAAAGGUCACUCAGUCCACUCAACUCCUGUUCACCCCUGAAGGAAGUGUGACUGUCUGCUAGCAUUGUGGUGCUUAUUGUGGCGUUUUGAAUACACUCAGUCGUGUGCUGGAUGUAUGAAUAUAUUCUAGCUUCGACAGCGGAGCUCUAACAGUUCAUGUAGAAACAAUGCAUUCUUGUCAAUGCAGUUGUAUGAUUUUUUUUUUAAUGUGUAUUUGUGUUUGUUCAUUUUUGAAGAAUGGUUAUUACUGCUGUGACAUUUGAUAUAUAAAACAUUAAAACAUCUGUGUUGGAA